AUGUCUGGAGGAUUAAGUCCGAGACGACCUAUUUUGACGCUCAAUAUCGAAACUCCUCCAUCAUUGUCAUCGGCAAAGUUGCUAGAGAAUGCUUCAGUAUCACCCGAAUCAUCAUCUGCUGGACCUGGCUUCCAUCCAACACCUUCUCCAGGCACCUCUGGUCUUGGACGUCAACCUUCUUUUGCACGUCGUGAACGUGGAGAUUGGGCUUUCCGUCCUCCUCCAGAGCAAUUGUAUGAGAAUUUGGACGACUUUUUCCCAAAGCAUGAUUUGGACAAGCCGGUGAUCGAUCCAAAUGCAAGCGCCGGCAGUAUGAAUUCACCUACAACGGCCGCUUCACCUGCUCGUUCUAGGAUGCAACAUAAAAAGAGUAUCCGUAUUGUUGCACAAGAUCGUAAGAAGCUCUUGGACAAAGUCGAAGCGGCUGAACAGCGUAAGACGGGAGCAACAGAUUUGAGCAGAAGAAGAAGUACGAAAUUGUGGGGUGGAAAGGUGAUUGAGGUUACACCAGGAACAGAAGCAGCAAGUAAUCCAAAUGUGGCUGAUUCACCAACAUCAACUACAUCAAAUGACGGACAAAAGCCUGUUUUCAAAUGGGUAAAGGGUGACUUGAUCGGUAAAGGUACUUAUGGUCGUGUCUACCUGGCUUUGAACGCGACCACUGGUGAAAUGAUUGCUGUGAAACAAGUCGAAUUACCUAGGACAGCUUCAGAUCGUGAAGAUAAUCGUCAAAAAGGCGUCGUUGCCGCUUUAAAGUCUGAGAUUGAAACGUUGAAGGAUUUGGAUCACCCAAACAUUGUCAGCUAUCUCGGAUUUGAAGAAACGCGAAGUAAUCUUAGUAUUUUCCUCGAAUACGUUCCUGGUGGAAGUGUCGGAAGUUGUUUACGCAAGCAUGGCAAAUUGGACGAAUCUACGAUCAAGAGUUUCUUGCAACAAAUUUUGAACGGUUUGAAUUAUUUGCACGGUCGAGGUAUUUUACACAGAGAUUUGAAAGCGGACAAUCUGUUGGUUGACUUUAACGGAAUUGUGAAAAUUAGUGAUUUCGGAACGGUUCGUAAAUCGGAAGAUAUUUAUGGAAAUGUUGCGAGUAUGUCAAUGCAAGGUUCAAUCUUUUGGAUGGCACCAGAAGUUUUGAGCAGAGCAGGAUAUUCGGCCAAAGUGGAUAUUUGGUCACUUGGUUGUGUGGUUUUGGAAAUGUUUGCAGGUCGAAGACCAUGGUCAGACGAAGAAGCCGUUCAAGCGAUGUUCAAGAUUGGCGCCGAAAGACGUGCACCUCCAAUCCCACCGGAUGUAAGACUUUCCAAAGCAGCCGCUCAUUUCCUCAAAAUUUGUUUUGCCGUCGAUCCGAACGAACGUCCAACGGCAAGCAGAUUACUCGCUCACGUUUUUCCACAUGCUGAAAACGGAUGGCAAUUCAGCAUGUCAAGCCUGUACAGACAAUUACAUCGCUGA